GUUUUUACAUUUUUAUGAUUGGAUUGAGACUUCAGGCGGAAUAGGGCUUAGAUUUGCAUGCUGUGCUGGUUUCUAUUUGGUUGGAGUAGAAAUGAUUGUGUGGAACUCUGAUGAAAAUGAUUGUUUUGUAUUGCUAUUUGUGCAUGAAUGGUUUGUUUGUAUUGCCACAAUGUUUUACAUGAUUGGGACUGAUUUAUAAGCAAUUGAUUUCACAUUCAGGAGUUACAAUUUACUUUUUUUAAUAGAAUUGAUUUUAUCUAUUGAAAUGUGUAUUGCAAUGAGUUACCAUGUUUACAUUUUUAAGUAAAAGUUAUUUAAAGGGUACCAUAUUGAUGCUACUAAGCUGGAAAAGGGAAGCUCAUUGGACUGGAUUUGUAUUUAUAGGUGGCUGUUUAGGUUAUUGAUUGUGAGACCUGACAACAUGUAGAGAAAUGCUUCAUAUGGACUACUAGAUUGUGGAAUCAAUUUAGUUAACCUAUGAGCAUUGCAUUACUUGCAGUCAGGGAGGCUAUCAUGAUCUUAAUUUUUCUUUCGAUGAUCUGAUUGAGCUGGGUAUAUUCAAUGGUUUGUCAAAUGUUAUAGAUCUGGAGGUUCAAUGGUUUGUGAAAAUGAGGUGUGUUUGUCUGAAGAAUGCGUUCUCUUUGAGUUAAUCUUUGGGUUACAUGGGUCUGCCAAUGUUUGAAAUGCCGAUGUGAGGUAACUUGUUAUCAGCAGUUGUAUGACUCUUGAGAUGGUAAGAUCAUCUGUAGGCCUAUAGUUGAUGGGCUACAUGUAAAAAAUUUUACGAACCUCUAAUGUUGUACUAUUAAUUGUAAGAAUUGAUGACAUGGGGGAGGGUGUAACCGACAAGGUUUGGGAAGUUACCAAAAUUUACUGCCACAGUACAACAUCACGAGGCCUUGUACUAUUAAUUUUAAGAAUUGAUUGGCCCUCAAGGAUGAAAAUCAUUCGGGGUACAGCAAGAGGCCUACAGUACCUUCACAAUCAGGAGAACAUUAUACAUGGGAACCUUACAUCAAGCAAUGUCCUACUUGAUGAAUAUACAAAUGCUAAAAUUGCAGAUUGUGGCCUCUCCAGGUCAAUGAUUGCUGCUGCUAAUGUAAAUGUGAUUGCAACUGCAGGUACGUUUGCCUACAGAGCACCUGAGCUUGCAAAGCUCAAGAAAGCUAACACAAAAACUGAUGUAUACAGCCUUGGAGUUAUCAUGCUGGAACUCCUAACAGGGAAGUCUCCAGGUGACAAGAUGAAUGAUGUGGACUUGCCUCAAUGGGUUGCCUCUAUCAUUAAGGUGGAGUGGACUAAUGAAGUUUCUGAUUUAGAAUUGAUGGGGGAUGCAUCAAUAAUUGGGGAUGAGUUACUCAACACACUGAAAUUGGCUUUGCAUUGUGUUGAUCCUUCACCCUCAGUGCGCCCAGAGGUUCAACAAGUUCUGCAGCAACUGGAAUUGACUUGCUGGAAAAAAGAUUUAAGUUCCAGGUUCUGCUACAAGUAUAAUCUUUACUAGUUUAUCUUUCACAAUUGCUCUGAUAAUUCAUUGUCAAGCUUCAAAACUUGUAAUGAAACACAUUGAAACUAAAUGAAAGAUCUUCUAGAGGAGCACAAGUUACUUUCA